AUGGGGUUUGAACCUCACGAGCGGAAGCAUCACCGGUCACAUACUUUAUCCCAGCGGAGCAACGGUCGCACGCUACAAUUCCUUGAAGAUGGCACCUUUCAAAUUACUGUAUUCUCGGAUCUCCACUUGGCUGAGGACGAGGAUAAUGAAAAGGGUCCAAUAAAGGAUGCCAAGACCAGCGAAGUUUUAAAGAAGGUAUUAGAAUACGAGAAUUCGCAGUUAGUUGUUCUCAAUGGAGAUCUUAUAUCAGGCUACGGCACAGUGGCCGAUAAUGCGACGAUCUAUUUAGAUCAAAUCGUCGCACCAAUUGUGGAAUCGGGCUUGCCAUGGGCGACGACAUACGGAAAUCACGACAAUGAACGUUAUUCAAGAUCUAAAGAUCUUCUAAGACGAGAGCAGGAUUACAGCAAUAGUUUAACCCAAAAUAUGUUACCCGACCAUCCGCAAGCUGGUGUCUCGAAUUAUUUUUUGCAGGUGUAUUCAGCGUCUGGAAAUCAAGAAGUGCCAGAAGUCAUUUUAUGGUUCUUCGACAGUAGAGGAGGUGAUCAACCGCAUGAUUGGGUCGAUAAUUCGGUCGUCGACUGGUUCAAGGAAACUAGUGCAUCUCUUACUGAACGAUAUAAAAAGACUAUUCCGUCGCUUGCUUUUUUUCAUAUACCUAUCACUGCAACAUACAAUUUCCAGACAUCUCCAGGUGUUAAUCCUAGUAAAGAACCAGGCGUGGAUGGAGAAAAAGUCUGGUGGCAGGGUCGAAUGUUUGAUGAUAAGACUGGCCAUGACGAAGCGUUCAUGACCGCGCUAUCGAACACGGAUGGACUAUUGGCAACAUUUAGCGGCCAUGACCACGACAAUGACUGGUGCUACAAGUGGCGUCCUGGUGCCAAUCAGGCCGUAGCUAAGAAUGGUGUUAGCGUGUGCUACGGUCGUCAUACAGGAUAUGGGAGCUAUGGAAAUCUACCUCGUGGCGGAAGACAAAUCCUACUAAAACAAGAAACUCUAUCCAAGGAAGCAAUUACAUGGAUUCGAUUGGAAGACGGGUCAGUCUCUGCGAAUGUAACAUUAAAUGCGACAUAUGGUCAAGACGAGUAUCAUCCCCUUGGGCAGGAUAUUGAGCUUAAGAGAAGUCAGUUCGGGAUUGUGGGUGACGGCCUUCAAAUUGUCCCAGGACUAUAUUCAGUGGCAAUCUUUUUGUUAUUAAUUGUUUAUUUUCCCUUAAGAUUAUGGGUUAAUCGUCAACGAGGAUGA